UGUGCGCAUGCGCCACUCUUGGGAAACUGUGCCGAUCAGCCCCAUCCUCCACAGUCAAGCAAGCCGGAUCAACAGGCGAACAGGACAAUGCCAACAGCAGUGCUGAAGAAGCAGAGUCCUAACGGAUUACUGACUGUGUACCUGAGCAGACGGGAGCUCAUCGUAGAGGAAGGAGGCGUGGUCAGGCCCAUCGACGGAGUGGUGCUGACCGACCCGGACCUCAGCGCACAGCACGAGCCCUUCAAGAUCUUUGCACUGGUUGUCCUCACCUUCCGCUACGGCAGGGAAGACGAGGAGGUCAUGGGACUCAAGUUCUACACUGAAGCCAUUUUACAUUACGAACAGGUAUACCCCAGUAGCAGCAAAAGUCCCCGUCCACUGACUGCCUUGCAGCAACACCUGUUAAAGAAACUCGGUCCGGACGCACAUCCCCUCACUGUGAGCGUGUCCGGUCAUGCACCUCAUUCCGUGGGACUGAAGCCAGCACGAGCGUACGGCGGGAGCCCACUCGGUGUCACCUACGACCUCAAGGUAUUUCCCGGUAACCGGGCAGAUGAAAAACCUUCAAAGCGCAAUCUGGUAAGGCUAUCCCUUCGCUGCACCCACCGCAGUCCAGCUCCGUUCCCUAACCCCCCAGCGGCAGCCCUCAGCCGGGCAUUUGUCUUCAGUUCUGGAAAACUCCGGUUGGAGGCCAGAUUGGAUAAAGAAGCCUACCGUUACGACGAAACCCUGCAAGUCCACGUCAGCUUGGACAACUCCAGCAACCGAACUGUCCAUCGCGUCCGAGUUACCUUGGUCCAGUAUGUCAACGUCUGCAUGUUCACCAACGGCCGAUUCAAGAAUAUAGUGGGGUUAUCCGAAACGGAACCUGGUCAUCCAGUCAGACCUGGUUCCUGCCUAUCCAGGGUUUUCCAUGUGAAACCUACAGUUCACAUGCGGUAUCCAGUCGCACUAGCGAUUGAAGGAGGUCUUUCAAAUUCCACUGUAAAAUUGUCACCUUCUACGAUUCCAGCUCUGGCAACGGAAAGAAAUCCCUACGGAGUGACUGUCUGCUACGAAGUGAAAGUGAAAGCUUUCCUGGGGGUGGUUGACAGACCUGUAUGUCUACGACUGCCCUUUCGUAUCAUUGAGGAUCCACCGGUGAUUGAAGAAGAGGAACCUGUGCCCCUGACGGAAGAAGAAGAGGAAAAGGAGAGUGUCUUUCCCACGUAGGAAGGAUAUAGGGGUGUCAUUCCGAAAAGAACUACAGUACUGCCAUUCUGUAGUCCUCCGGGAAAUUAGGGUCCAAAAACAACACACAUAAUAAUAUACGGCGUCAGGUAGUCAAACCGAAGACGUAUAUUUUUCCAUUUUUCUACUGUGGAUCCGAUGGAUAAAGCGUCUUUCAGAAUGGACACAAGAAACAAAACAUCUAGUUUUGUAAAGUAACUAUUUUUACCUCUAAAUAGAGGCUUCUAUCAAGACAUUUUAUGUUUAAAUGUGAGAUAUAAAUGUCCAUCGUGAUGUUUUAAUUUAGGACAAUUCAUCUUUAUUUAUUUUUUGUGCUCUUUUAAGACAUUCUCUGAUGAUUGUUAUCGCAAUGACUUGUACACAGUGUUACACUUAAGCAUGCAUGUAAAUAUUCAUUUUGA